GAGAGGAGAGGAGGAGAGAGGAGCUCCGUCGGCGGACCAGGGAGCGCGUGGAGAGGAAUCCCAGCAGCCCCCACCCCCCCUAGCCCCGGAGAGCGAGAGCCGGACCGGCUGGAUCCCCCUCCUCCCUCGCCCGCUCCCCCCCUGCGGAGGAGGACCCGAGAGAGACCCACGUUGCCACGGGAGAGGCCUCGGUUCAGGGCUGCAGCAUGUUCACUUCAGUGAAGGCCUUCGAGGGGCAGCAGUACUCCACCCUGAAGAGGCAGUGCUUGCAGAGUGGCCUGCUCUUCGAGGACCCCCGCUUCCCCGCCACAGACGACUCGCUCUUUUACCAGGGUAACAGGAUCGGACGUGUCGUCUGGAAGAGGCCUCGGGAGCUGUGUGAGGACCCUCACUUGUUUGUAGAUGGCAUCAGUGCACACGAUCUGCAUCAGGGACAGCUGGGUAACUGCUGGUUUGUCGCAGCGUGUUCCAGCCUGGCCUCCCGAGAGUCUUUGUGGCAAAAGGUCAUUCCAGACUGGAAGGAGCAGGAGUGGGAUACAGAAAAACCAGACUCCUACGCUGGGAUUUUCCACUUUCGCUUCUGGCGCUUCGGGGAGUGGGUGGACGUGGUGAUUGAUGACCGGCUACCGACGGUGGACAACCAGCUGGUUUACUGCCACUCCAACGACAGCAACGAGUUCUGGAGCGCCCUGGUGGAGAAAGCCUAUGCCAAGGUUUACGGCUGCUAUGAGGCUUUGGAUGGGGGGAACACGGCUGACGCACUGGUGGACUUCACGGGUGGUGUUUCUGAGCCCGUGGACCUGCUGGAGGGUCAGAUGGCCACAGACGAGGCGGCCCGUAACCAGCUGUUUGAACGAGUGCUCAAAGUCCACAACAGAGACGGCCUCAUCAGCUGCUCCAUCAGGGCGACCACAAUAGAAGACAUGGAGGCGCGGCUGGACUGCGGUUUGGUCAAAGGCCACGCCUACGCCGUGACAGAUGUACGGAAGGUGCGGCUAGGUCACGGACUGCUGGCCUUCUUCAAGUCGGAGAAGCUGCACAUGAUCCGCAUGAGGAACCCUUGGGGGGAGAAGGAGUGGAGUGGCCCUUGGAGUGACAGUUCGGAGGAGUGGAACAAGGUGAGCAAGAGUGAGAGAGAAAAGCUGGGCGUCACCGUACAGGACGACGGCGAGUUCUGGAUGACAUUUGAUGACUUCUGCCAGUACUUCACUGACCUGAUCCUGUGCCGCCUCAUCAACACCUCCUACCUGAGCAUCCACAAGACCUGGGAGGAGGAGGUGAUGAGGGGCUCCUGGGUCCACCGGCAGGAUCCCCUACGCAACCGAUCCGGAGGCUGCAUCAAUCACAAAGCCACCUUCCUGCAGAACCCCCAGUAUGUGUUUGAUGUGAAGAAGGUGGAGGACGAGGUGCUGAUCUGCUUACAGCAAAAAGAGAAGAGAGCCACACCAAAAGAGGGCAAAUCAGAAAAUCUCGCAAUAGGCUUCGAUAUCCACAGGGUGGAGCUAAAUCGGAAGUACCGUAUGCACACAGCCCAGCAGAAAGUAGCAGGUUCCAUCUACAUCAACUCACGCUGCGUCUUCCUCAGGAAGGAGCUGAAGGAGGGCCGCUACGUCAUCAUUCCCACAACCUUUGACCCCGGGCAGCAGGGUGACUUCCUGCUCCGUGUCUUCACUGAUGUGCCUUCAGACUGCAAAGAGCUGACCCUGGACGAGCCUCCUCAGACAUGUUGGACGGGGAUGUGUGGCUACCCUCAGCUGGUCACUCAGGUCCAUGUACUGAACGCUGAGGGUCUGCAGGGACAGGACUCCAAUGGAGAGCUGCACUGCCUCAAUCCCAAAAAGAGAGCAAGAGCCCAGAGCAAAGCACGAGCUGUAGAUCCCUACGUCAUCAUCACCUGUGAAGGAGAGAGGGUUCGUUCACCAGUUCAUAAGGACACACGGUGCCCAAACUUUGACAUCAAAGGCCUGUUCUACCGCAAGAAGCCCAAGGAGGGCAUCCACAUCGAGAUCUACAACAAGAACAUGAUCGUGGACACCUUCCUGGGUCAGGUGAUCUUGUUCAGCGACCCCAACGAGCGCCAGGAGCAGCACACGCUUCACCUGCGCGACAAAGGCAGCCGCCAGGACAACGACCUCCCGGGCACGCUCACUGUGCGCCUCAUCACGUCCACCACGCUCACCAACAUCUGAAGCGGCAGUUUAUACGAUUGCAAUGAUCGAAGCUCAAGGUGGCGUACGAACCGUGCCCGCCGUUCACCUUCGCCGUUCAUCUUUUAACCGUCGCGGGAGCUCACUGUGUCUUUUUUUUCCUGCCGCUUGCGCUCUCUCUGUGUGUCUCUGUUUUCCUUUGCUUCCUUUAGCUUCACAGGGUUUUAUUUUUGAAGGCCUGCAUCUGUAUAUCCUGAUGGAAGCUGUACAGGGGGUUUGUACAGAAUAUUUUUAAAUACGUUCCUUUCAAAAUUGUUCAUCAGUCACAAAUUUGUUCUUAAAGUAGCAGAAAUCUCUAUCAGAGCAACAGUUUAAGAAACUGAUGAAGUUUUAUCAGUUUUUUUUGCUGUUUUGACCCUUAAUUACAGACUUGUUUUUAUUUCUUCUUAUACUCACACACACACACACACACAUAUACAUGAAUAUAAUACAUAUGCAGACAUCUCUGCACUCUCCAUGCAUGUGCCACUGUUUCCAAGGGCUAUGCAUUGCCUUAAGGCUGAGUUUGUCUCACCUCUUUGAGGAGACGAGGGGAGGUGGGUUAUGUUGAAUACUAUUUAUCUUGGCACAGCCUUGGUUUAGUUUUUUCUUUGUCUCUAAAAGUUUGCAUUAAGCCCUGCUUUUUGCCACAGUGUUAUCAGCUUCUGUCUCCCAAAUGCUCUUUUAUGACUGUGAAUAAUCCUCCCGCCCAGCCAGCCAGCCCAACCACCCAGACACCUCAAGUCUUCAGCAGUUUGCCGGUGCUUUGGAGAGCAUGCAGCAGUCUGUCACUUUUUACGUUGGACUUCAAAGCCAACAGCAGCUCUUCUCUCCCCUCGACUCAGUGCUUUUUCUGUGUUGUUCUGUGAGCGCACCCGCGUGUGUGAAGUCUUGCCUCCCGGUUUCCAUCACUAGCAUCAUUCGAGAAUGCUUUCCGUCGCCGGCUGCUAUGGACGAUCUCUAAACUGCAUGGCUUUUAAAAAGAAAACGAAAAAAAACCCCGAAACUCUCUGCCUGUGCUGCACAUCUCUCUAGUCGUAGCUUAGCAGCCGGUGCUUCUGAUAGUGCUACCCCCUUCCUCCUCCUCAUGCAAACAUCUUUCCUGUCCAGUGGAGUGCAAAGAUUCACCCUGACAUAAAUCAAGUGCUUUAUGGGACCAAAGAGGAGCCAGGCCCCCUUUUCAAACCGGCCUAGCCUGGCCCGGCCCGGCCCAAGCCUAGCGACAAACCGCCACCCCCUGUGCCACAUCAUCUCUUAACGGCAACACCACUGCCUGACGCUUCCUCUGACUUGAGUCUGUCGGCCCGGGCCAAAGACUCACGCCACGUGAUCCCGAAAGACAGCAGCUCUGCAAGCGUGAGUGUGUGAGACUGUGUGUGUGUGUUUGAGUGAAUGGCAUGUUAUACCUGAAAGAAAAAGAUCACAAAGGAAAGGUGUGAACCGAAUAGUAAAAGGGACCUUUUUUGAAGGGAAAAAACACACCUUGCACUUUAUUUCUUUAGCUUUGAGGGGUAAAAAGAAAAACCCUCGGAGACUACGGAGAGAGAGAGAGGAGUGCUUUAGCAGAGGAGACGUCCUGCCAAACAACCUGUGCCAUCGCCUUGUUCCUGGCUUUGCCUCCACAGCAGGAAAACAACUGGGACGAACUGUUGAAUUCAGAUGGUUUUGAAUAUUGAACCAACACUGGUACAGUUUAAUCUUUUCUCUGAUGACAUUUCUCGCGUAGAUCGUGUGGCCAUCCGAUCCGACCUUUUACCAUCCAGUCGGCUUCUUGUGACAGAAAAUAACAGCCUGUGUUUUUUGUUUCUCUUCAAAAGUGCAAUCCAAGUUUUAUAAACUUUUGGUUAUUACGUUUUCCCCCUUAAAAUUUGAAAAAUGUAACUUAUGGUUAUUUUUAAGACAUUUCCUUUGAAUGUAAACCAUUAGUGGACUAAUCUCUCAGACAAAAUAUCAAGCCCCACCCCCCUUUUUUUCAGUGCCCUUUUCCAUGACUUGAACUGUCACUCAUGGCAUUUAAGUGGUCACACAUGUUUGUGUACAGCAUCUUUAUAAAUGUGUCUUGCAUGGGUUAUUUUUCCAAGAUAUCCACAGCCUUGUAUUGUACUGUUCAAUUGUUACUCUAUAUAUUUAUUCUUUCUAUCUCAGAAGUCUUGGAAAUGCUAGUUUUGAGCAGUGAGCAUGUCUACACUUAAAUGCACCUCAUGUCAGUCUGAUCAUGUCAGUCUGUUUAAAGCAGUUGUGUCUUGUACUACAGUGAUGCAUUCAUAAUGCCUCUAGCAUCUGUGAACAUUAGCAGCAGUUGUCAACGACUAUUUAGGUGCUAUUUAUCUUCUUCUUUGUGUUCUUUUUGUUGGUUUCACUCAGAAAGAAAGUGAACGUCAUGUAACAUGAGACUGAAUCUGAAGCGUGUUAACAGUGCAAACAGCCGGUGUUGGAGACUGUAGUGCAGAGCAGUGUGAGAUUAGACAGCCUGCCGGUUUUCAUUUGCAGGGUAUUUCCUCUUUAUUCUGCCAAUCAGUUCCAUGCACUCCUCUGAAAACAGGCAAGCUCUGCAACAUAAAAUUGAUCCUGAAGUUGGAACCUGUGACUAUGGGAAGAGCAGAGGUUACUCCAGCUUUCACCACUUUACGUUUGGCUCCUGAACUUGUUUAAAUAAAGGCAGGCUCUCCGGUGGUAUCGAUGCAGAGUUCCCUCCUAACCAACACCUACUGUGAAAAAGAGGUGUUUGGGUAAACAAAGAAGGCUUUCCCCCUCCCUCACACAGAGAGUGGCCUACUGCAAGGCACUGAAGUCCCAGCUGUGGUUAAUUUAGUUUGGUUAAAAUGAGUUUCUCUUUGUCCAAAACAGUGUAAAGAUCAUUUUUGUCUAUGUGCUAAAAAAAAUUCAGACAGCUCAGAUAAAUGAAUUUAUUGCGGAAGAUUAUCAGUGCCAAAUGUGUGCACGGGUGUUGUGAUACAGAGCUUUUAUUUUUCCGGAAAAAGAAGGAUCUUUUGAUCUUUUGGGUAUUUUCCGAAUCCUUAAAGUAUUUUCUAACCACCAAAUAUUGUUUUUCCCACACAAUAAAAAUUUUCAACCUUUAAGUUGCAGAUGGAAAUUAAAAAAAAAAACAUUAAGGCAAAAACUGCAUUUCAUAUAUCGGCCACUUGGGGCUCCAAAACGAGUCAUUGUGCUCUGUUAAAAAUGCCCAGGUUUACAGAGUUAAAAAAGAAAGUGUGUAUAGUCCAGAACACGAUUUCUGUCUUCGUAUCGAAUGAAUGCGAGAUGAAUGUUCAACUCAUUUGUUUGGAUUUGGUAAUGCUUAAAAUUUAGGGAUGUGGUCGCUUUGUUUGCAGACAACAGCUGUAGUCAGCAGCUGUCUGACUUCACCGCCACCAAACUAAAUCACUCGACCUUGUUUUUGCUCUUGGUGCCUUUUGAUGCAUUUUAAUGGAUUAUCCAAAAGCUCCCCUCCAUCGUCUUUUCUAAAUUCUGGCUCCAAUAAAAUACCAUAGUCGUGGCCAAAACUCUGAUGUGAAGGCUUCAAAAAUGCUGAAUCUACAAACUAAACCGUGUCCAUUUCCAUCUUUAUAUACAGUAGGGCUGCCACGAUUAGUCGACUAGUCACGAUUACGUCGACUAUUAAAAUCGUCGACGACUAAUUUAACAGUC